AUGUCCAGCUUUCUGGAGAAUCCAAAUCCACCUGAUAUCACAUGUGACAACACAAAUGAUGAUCUGGGGAGAAUUAUGCAGAAGUUGCGUUUAGUUGGACGUAGCUGCAGAGACAUUCAACAAAAAUAUGGGGUUCAUGAGGAUGGUCUGUACUAUCUCACCACAGCCACUGGAGUGGUGUACCAGACCUACUGUGACAUGACCACAGCAGGUGGUGGGUGGACACUGGUAGCCAGUGUGCAUGAGAACAACAUGUAUGGGAAGUGCACUGUAGGGGACCGGUGGUCAAGCGAGCAGGGAAGCAAUCUUAACCGCCCUGAUGGAGAGGGGACCUGGGCCAACAUGAGAACCUUUGGAACUCCAGAGGCUGCCACCAGUGAUGACUACAAGAACCCUGGCUACUAUGACAUCAUAGCUGAGGAUGUGUCCGUCUGGCAUGUUCCCAACAAUACUCCACCACAGCACUGGACCAUUGCUUCCAUCCUGAGAUAUCACACAGGGACACACUUUCUGACAAUACAUGGAGGGAACCUUUUCCAACUUUUCAAGCGCUACCCAGUGAGGUAUAACGCUGGAGUGUGCAAGACCAAUAAUGGACCAUCCAUUCCUGUGGUGUACGACCAUGGCAAUGCCGACACCAUAAAGAACUUCUAUGGUCCAAUUCCUAGAAAUCAAUUCACUCCUGGCUUCAUCACAUUCAGAGUGUUCAACAAUGAGAGAGCCGCAAUGGCCAUCUGCUCUGGAAUGAAACCUACUGGCUGUGAUACCGAACAUUUCUGCAUUGGAGGUGGAGGAUUCUUCCCUGAAGCUAAUCCUCGCCAGUGUGGAGACUUCGCAUCGUUUGACUGGGAUGGCUAUGGGACACACAGGGGAUAUAGUGCAUCCAAAGAGGUGACUGAAGCCGCGGUGCUUAUCUUCUACCGCUGACCUGGUGAUGCAAAUGGCCCAAAGAUGUGCUGUGACACUGCCUGCCUGCACUGCAAAUGGGAAGUCACAUGUCUACAGUACUGAUGACAGCAUUCCUCACUUGCCUCUGUGAUAUGAUAAUUCUACACUUAUAGUUCUUCUGCAUUGUGCUUGCUUCUCUAUUGGCUGCACUCUUUUAGUGAUCUCUUAUGGUUCUCUUCUCCUUGCACUCUGCUACGCUUUUAUGUGAGGUUUUGUUGUGUAAUUGCCUAGUUCUGUCCUUUUAGAAUGGCUAAUAAAGCAUAUCUAAAAAUGAA